AAUCUCAUGCAAUUAAUCGUGCAGCCCUAGAACAGAACAUACAUUUCGUGAAGUUAGCUAGCUUUAGCUUGCACUCGGCAGACUAUUGUGAUGUUAAAGCGUGUUCGCGCUAUUGGAUUGCUUGAUUAAAAUGUGAUUGUAUUAUGUAAUGAAACAAUUUCAAAACAAAACAAAAAAAAAAACAGAUAAUAAGCUAGCAUUACACUAAUCAAAAGCAAAUAAUAAGGCUGGAAAUGAUGGGGACGGACGGAAAUGUUAAUUGUUUUAUAUAUUCUAUAUUAUAGAUAAUGUAAGUUUUUAUAUUUAAAUACAUCUGAAAUAUAACUGAGAGUACCACGUCCCCUCCCCCCAAACUUCAGUCCACUCAGUUAAUGCCAUUUCCACCAGUGGUAAUAUGCUAAUGUGAUAUUGUAUAACUUUUUUCAGAAUAGAAAUAUGAAGUUCAAAGCUUAUGACAGGCUGAGGCAACAGCUGGAUAAUGAUGAGCUUACUCAAAAAGGCUUUGAUGCCAGAGUGAAGCAUUUAUUAAGUGGAGAUGAACAUACUGCGGGAGAAGGAACAUCAGAAACAAAAGCAGUCAAAAAUCAGAAGGCGUUUAUGGAUGCAGCACAUGUUUUUACCAAAGCAAAACAGUUAAUGAAACCACAGGUGAAGAAAUGCCAGUUUCCCCUUCGUCAAAAAGGAAAACCCCUUUUAAAGCAAGAUAAAAAAUGACUCCCAUGGAGUGGAAACCAAGAACUGCAAAAAAAACAGGCAGAUAUCAAAAAAUAAUCCUUGAAGAGGCACCACCGCAGAUGAUUGUCACAGGCACUGAGGGGUAUGAUGAACUCCUAAAACUUGGCCAGGAGGCUUUUUGGUCAGACAAAGAGAGAGAAGGGAGUGUGUUUACCCUCUGCCAGGCAGAUGGGACAAGAUGGACGAAGGAACAGUUCCACCAGGAAUUUGGAUCUGUGGCAGAGAUCCCGACCCUCUGGAAGUGAACAUUUUACAUUGGACGUAGAGAAAUGGAUGUCAUUUGCAUUGAUGAAACCAGCUCAAUAUCAGGAAUUGAAGUGGACUCAUCUUUGGAUUUCCAACCAAAGAGAUCCAGAUAUUUAGGAAGACCUACAGACCAAAGUGUAGUGAGGUGCUUAGGUUCAGGUCAACGUGCUGGGAUAUCAGAAAGUGCUGAUCCAGUUCCAGAGCAAAAUGCAAGUGGUUACACACCUCCAGAAAUUCUUGCAGAGAAUCCCAUGAACGAAGGCAUAGAAUCUGUAGAUGAAGACGGUUGUCCCCAAAAUCAAGUGUUUUAUGUGUCAUCCAAUGUUGUCACCGUAUUACCGUCACUAUAUGUUCCGCGGCUGCCAUAUGUGGACGAGUCCCUAAUCCAUUACAAUGAAGAGAGCCUGUUGGGUGAAGGUGCAUUUGGUAAAGUAUAUAGAGGUUAUUUUCAGGGCACCCCAUCUGCCAUAAAAAAGAUUCUGUAUGGCACAGCAGGACUUCCAGACCAAGACAUCCAGCAUGAGAUUCUUGUCUCACUGCAACUGAGCCAUCCCAAUAUUGUCCUACUGAUGGCUGCAGCCCGUACGGACAAUGCCUUCCUCCUGGCAAAUGAGUAUAUACAUGGUGCAACCCUGGAUGAUGCACUACACAAUGAACAUUCUUGUGUUAAGCUUGAAGGAGAUGACAAUUAUUUUGUUGCCCUGGGACAUCUCAAUGGCCAUUGAGUACAUCCAUUAAAAAAAAAAAAAAAUGUAAUCCAUCAAGAUUUAAAGCCAGCCAAUGUUUUGAUCGACCAGUUCUCCAAAAAGGCUGUACUCACAGACUGGGGGCUUGCCAACAUUAGAGACACAGUUGUACUGCGACAAGGAAGCAGACUCACUGGAGGAAGAAUAGGGCCAAUGGGUGGGACCUUUCGGUUUAUGGCCCCAGAAUGCCUUGUUGAGUUCGAACAGGCUUCUAGAAGCUCUGACAUUUGGUGCUUAGGAGCAACUUACCUAGAGAUUUUCACCAAAACAGCACCAUGGACAGUCAAAAACCAAAGACAGCCGUGCGGUCUAAUGGCCACAAAGGUGCCGCCACAUGCUUUGCAACACCUAAAUGACAAGUACAGGUUUAUUGAUCAAAUGUUGCACUAUGAUGCAGCAGCCAGGCCUGAAGCUUCCUCUGUGGUGCCUUCCAUUAAAACACUGGAGGGGCUAGAUUUCAAGAGCCGUUACGGUUACGAAAUGGUAAAUGUAAAAUGCAAAUGCAAAACCUGACAUCGGUUGGACUUUUCCUCAGUUACAUGGACAAUGUAACAUUUCUUUUUCAGUUUGUACUACAAAUACUACUGUUGGUAAAAUGUUAACAUUUCUAGUCACAACCCUUCUUUCUUUAACACUGUUGUUUUUGGUUUGAACCAAAUAUACCAAUAACAUUGACAUACUUUACUUAUUUUAGGCAGUGAGUGCAGGAUAAUGUACAAAAGUUAACAAAAUUUCAUGGUAUGUCCAUGAUGUAAGUUUAAUCGAUACUGUUCUGAUGUGAAACGGCAAUACAUUACUUGCUCAUUACUAUAGGUCAGUGGUCUCAAAC